AAGAAAAAUAAGAAGACCCAGUUAAUCAAAUAUUAUGUUUUUUGUGUACUCAAAAAGUAGCGGUUCGUGUGGUGUAACGUUCAGUUGCAGAGUGAGCAGCAAAGCAGUUAGUAUAUCUAGACAACUAUUUGGUCAACAUGUCAUCGAAACCAGUUCUCUAUUAUGCGGCCCGCAGCCCUCCAUGCCGCGCUGUGCUGUUGACAGCCGCCGCUAUCGGACUGGAAUUGGAUUUGCGUCCUACAAACCUCAAAGAGCGCGAUCAUCUGACACCUGAGUUCCUCAAGCUCAAUCCACAGCACACCAUACCGGUACUGGAUGAUAACGGCACUAUCGUUUCGGACUCACAUGUUAUUAACGCCUACCUUGUGGACAAGUAUUCACCAGAUGAGACACUCUAUCCCAAAGAUCAGCUGAAACGUAGGGAAGUGGAUGCACGUCUCUACUUCGAUGCCGGUCAUUUGUUCCCACGCGUUCGUCUGAUGGUCGAACCGAUUAUCUACUUUGAUGCAUAUGAAAUUUCACAAGAGAAAAUUACAUAUAUGCAGCUGGCCUACGACGGUUUGGAGCGUUGUCUCGCCAAUGCACCAUAUUUGUGCGGUGAGCAUUUGACUAUCGCUGACUUGUGUGCCGUCGCUUCGGUAUCUACCUCAGCGCUCUUUGCGCCCAUUGAUGAAGAGAAAUUCCCAAAGCUCGCCGCUUGGUUGAAGCGUUUGUCGCUCUUGCCUUACUACCAGAAGAAUAAUCAAGACGGCGCCGAUUUGUUGCAUAGCUUUGUUACAGAGCGUAUGGUGGCGAAUAAGAAGGCGAAAGAGGCUGAGAAGUGAGCGUUGAUCGAAAGUGAGUGUAUUAAGAAAGCAGUCUAAUAAAGAGCAAUUUUGAAAGAGA